GCUUUACAUCUACUUCCGUUGUUUAUUCCAGAAACAAGUGAUCUCAACGUGCACAGGCUAAACUUCUUGAAAUUCCCUAUAAACACAUAAUUUUAAUAAAUAUGGCCAAAUGGGGAGAAGGAGACCCUAGGUGGAUAGUUGAAGAACGCCCGGAUGGAACGAAUGUAAACAACUGGCAUUGGGUAGAGAAGAAUGCAACAGGAUGGUCUAAAGAGAAACUUAAAGAAUUACUUGUAGGAAUGGUGAUAGAAGAUGAUGAAUAUUUUGGUGAAUUAACAGAAUUGACAAACAUAGAUGGUGAAGCUACAGCUAAUAACAGAAAAGCUAAAUUAAUAUUCUUUUAUGAAUGGGUUCUCAAAGGAGAAUGGUCAGGAAAGUUGAAAUCUGGGGACAAGAAACACAAAGGAAAAUUCAACAUUCCAAAUUUAAGUGAGGAAAAUGAUGCAGAUGAAGUUGAUGUUGAAUUUUCCUGCAACACCCAGACUGAUGAAAGUUAUAAAGUAAAAGAAUUCUUGAGAAAGAAAGGCACCAAAGAAAUUCAAGAUAAACUUGCAAAAUAUAUUUCUGAUUUGAAACAAGAAUAUGGUAAAGGAGCUAUUUUGCCAACAAAAAAUGGACAGCAGCCUGAUGCUAAAAAGUUGACUAAUUCUACAAAUAAAGCCAGAGAAGAAUUAAAUAAACUUGUAGUUACGUCACCAAAUAAAGGAAGUAAAGUUGGAGUAAAAAUUCAUACAAAGAAAUUAACUGGUAAACAGGAAUUUAUGUGUUCAGCACAGGAUUUAUACAGAUCUUUAACUGAUAAAGGAAUGGUGCAAGCAUUUACUGGAGGACCUGUGGACAUGGAAGUAGAAAAAGGAGGAAGGUUCUCCUUAAUGCAUGGCAAUGUUACUGGAGAAUUUGUUGAUCUGGUACCUGGGAAGAAAAUAGUUCAGCGAUGGCGAGUUAAAUCUUGGCCAGAUGCCCAUUAUUCAGAAGUGACAUUUGAUUUUGAAGAAAAAGAAGGUGUAACAGAACUAAGGUUGACACAAACGGGUGUGCCUGAAAGUGAAUUUGAAAGGACAAAGGAAGGAUGGAUAAUUAAUUACUGGAAUAGAAUCAAGCAGACCUUUGGUUAUGGAACAAAUAUAUUUUGACGGCAGUAGAAAUAAAAUUAAUCUCCAAGGCAACAAUCUACAUGUCUUUCACUCAUGAAAAAAGUAGGAUGAAACUGUGAACAAACGAAAUUCUGCUGCUCGUGUUAGUACUGAAGUGUACAUAAACAGGAUAAAAUUUAUAUUGACUUCAACGAGCAGACCAAAUUGUACUGUUACCUGAUUUUAUUGUACUGCUACCCAAUUACAAGGUUAUAGUGAACUUAAUUUCAAAUCAUUGUCAGCCUGACUUCUUAAUGUGUCAAAAAGGGAAACAUCAAAAUGUAAUUUUGUGUUUUCAUAACAUAUUGUUUAUAAUCAUUUUUGAGGACUGUUUCCAUUUCUAUUGUCUCUUGUUUAAUAAUCUGCUGUUUCAAUCAUCUAAAUGUGUAAAAAAGAAGUAUUUCACUAAAACAGAAAUUUGUGUUUUUAUAAUAUUCAUGCUUAAGAUAAUCAUUUAUGAAGACUUUUUGCCAUAAUUAAUUGUUCCAAUACCACCAAAUACACGCGUUAUUUUUUUUAUUAA